CAUAAACAAGCAGAGCUCAUACACAUCAGCUCCAGAGAGCUCUGGAAUCUGGACUCAAUUGCUUGCUAUCGCGUGCAUGAAGAGAUCGUAACCAACUGGAAAGGGCUUCUGGAAAAGAAAACUUUGCUGAAGGAACCUGCGCUGAAGACAAUGCCACUUACCUCUGCAUAUUUCCGCUGUCUAUUGCUGUUUCUCGCCGUUGGCUUGAUUCUGUGUGAAUGUGAUGUCACGGGAGCAGAAGGCGAUGCCCAGCCUACCGAAGAGAGCCCACUUCAUGACAUGCAGAAAAAAAUCAAUGACCUGUGGCUGAGUUUGCUCUACCCACAGCAUUAUGAGGAGGUGUUUGCAGCCAACCGUACCACUUACGCCACCUGUGCAGUGAAACCCAACGCCAAACUAGAUUCAGGCAAGCUGCAGGUGACGGGGCACGUUCUCUUCAGGCAGGCCUACCCCUAUGGAAAAUUGGAGGCGAUUUUCUACUUGGAUGGGUUUCCUACCGAGAGCAACCUAUCUGGCAGAGCUAUUCACGUCCACCAAUAUGGAGACCUCAGUGACAGCUGCGACUCUGCUGGAGGACACUACAAUCCUUUUAAAGUAAACCACCCUCGCCAUCCUGGGGAUUUUGGCAACUUCAACUCUAAAGAAGGCAAAAUUAGAAAAUAUAAAUCCAAUCUCAUGGCCACUCUCUUUGGCCCAUACACCAUAAUAGGGCGAUCUGUUGUUGUCCAUGAACAGGAUGAUGACCUGGGCAAAGGGAACAACAAGGCCAGUCUAGAGAACGGAAAUGCUGGGAAACGUUUGGCUUGCUGUGUCAUUGGAACAUGCAACAAAAACCUGUGGGAGAAGAAGUUUCCGGAGAUUAUUGAAAAGCGAAAGAAAGGCUCACAAAACGAGCGCAGAACAGCCAGGCCUAGGUGAAGACCAAAGAAACAACAGUAGCUCCCAAUAGAUUUUGCAUCUGCCAAGCUGGCUGCUAAACAAAAGGGAAAGGUUUGUAGUUCCCUUGAGAAUGUGGAAGAUACGCCUAUUGCUCUAUCGUAGCCCUCCAUUCUGUAAGCAGAUUAAUAAUAAUAAAAAAGUAGCAGCAUA